AUGGCGGACGACGACCGGAGCACAAGCGAGGCGCCCGCGCGGGAGCCGUCGGUGGAGCCCUUCGAUGCGCGCUUCAGCAAUCAGGAGGCCGAGGCGUGGACCGUCGGGUGGUCGCCUGAGAACAGCCUCCCCUACUACUCCAACGCGCUGCUGGGCCAGACCACCUGGGAGCCGCCCACCGACGAGCUGCGCGCCAAGGGAGACGCGAUGCGCGUGGCGGCGGCGUGGACGGUGGGCGUGUCGCCGGAGCACAACCUGCCCUACUACUCCAACGCGCUGCUCGGCGAGACCACCUGGGAGCCGCCCACCGAGGAGCUCGCCGAGUACGGCCGCGCUCUCGCGCUCGCAGGCCCGAUCGCGAGGCUGGCAGAGACGCUGCCGUCGCCGCCGCAGAGCCCCGCCGCCAAGCCGCCGCCCCUCUGGAGCGGCGACGAGUCGAGCCCGGACGGGGCGGGCAGCGGCGACGCCGUCACGCUCGCGUCUACCCUCGGCCUGGGCGCGGCUGGGCGGUGGGACCCGACUGCGCUCAGCGCCUCCGAGGCGGAGGUGGAGGCGCUCCGGCUCCGGCUCUCCCACGCAGAGUCCACCAAUUCGGCGCUGCGGCCCGCGACGGCGGACGCGGCAGCGGAGGAGCCGCCCCCCUCGGACGACAGCGGCGAGGUGGCGGAGGCCCGCGAGGUGAGCGCGACGGAGGCGGCGGCGCUGCUCGAGCUGAGCGAGCUCAAGCGCCGGUUCGGCAUGAUGCGGCGCCGCUCGGCGGGGCUCGAGGCGCGGCUGGAGAGCGAGGGGGUGGUGCUGCUGCGCGCGUUUCGGAGCAAGCAGGAGCAGCUCGCCCUCGCCGAGCGCGCGCACGCCGCGACGGCGGUCCGGGCGCUCGCCGGCCGCGACGCGAUGGCGGCGCGCGUGGUUUCGAGCUGCGACCGCGGGCUGCUGCGGCUCGUGAUGCGCGGCUGGCGGCAGGCCCUCUCCCUGCAGCGGGCCGAGGCGGCGGCGCAGGACGCGACGGCGGCCGCCGAGCCGGAGCUGUACCGGCUGUCGUACGAGGCGUUGAUCGACACCGUCCUCGAGUGGCAGAGCGCCGUGUGCCCCGAGCCGGGGUGA